UGCGCAUGUCCGGUGUUUUUUUUACUAAAUCCGAAUUAUACAAUACAAAAUAAUCAUUUUUCAGUUGCUCUGUACAAAGAAAAACGAAGCUAAACAUAAAGAAUUUCAAAAUGGUGGGAAGAUUAAUUAAUUAACGCAUAAGCUAAACAGCGCAAAAGUUUUUAAAUAAGAUGCUUACAAAUGUUCUUAACGGUAUUUAUGUGUAUUUUCUGAUGGUAGGGCGACGCUACAAUGCCACACAGUUAUAGGAUCAGUUUUGAGCAAAGACUUUUGGAAAACGAUACCAGAUUACGCUUCUGGCAACAAAAACAUCUUAAAAUAUGACGCAUUAUGUACCGCACGACUACUUCUAUAAUGAAAAAAAUGAUGCCUUAUCAACAAACAGUCAUCAACCAAACAACAGCAAUAAUCCCUAUAGGGUAAAUGAUAACUCGGAGUACUACGAUGAGUACAGUGAUCUAAGAAACCCACUAAACCAUCCACUAAAUUAUGGUAGUGAGCGGAUUUGGACCAGUGAAACAGAACUUACACAUGUAGAUAGCAGCUAUAAUAACGACUAUGUAGAUUACUAUAGUAAGGAAGACCAACAAGAUGUGAAAGGAGAAGCUGCCGACAACUGGGAUGGAAAUAAUACGGUUAUCACAGCUGAAUAUGGCUUUGAAUAUGGAAAUCAAAAAUGUACCUCAACAAAAUUAUUGCCUUUGCUGCCGGCCAAUCAAAAUGAUAGUAGUAACGGUGUCGCGAACGGGUCGACUGUUCGAGGUGACAUUGGAAUGGAGAUGGAUCUGGAAGGUAUGUAUAUGUACCCGCAAAGAGAAAACACCAGCCACCAUGGUGCCUGCUUGCCCAAUCAUGACAGUGAAAAAGACCAUGGGUCAGGCGCCUACCAGAAUGUCUACGAAAAUAAUCUCAAUGGACAUACUGGCUAUGCACCAGCACUUACAGAUAAUAGGGUGCCAGCAGCACCAUUGCGUGUCUUGCCGAGAACACGAGCACGACCAGUUCAGCGCUCAAGUUUAAGUCAAAAUUUAUUUGAUUUAAAUGCAGAUUCAACAUACGCAGAAGAUCCAUCUAUAGGUGACCUAACCAUGACAGCACUUUGUAUGGCCCCACCUACAGAGGCCACUGGGACCAUCACUUACGACGCAUUCGGACAAAUGGCAAGGCCUUACACUUCUAUGUUGCCAUUAGACUACACGCAUUACCAAGAGAGCAACUACAAUGCGGACAGUCUGUCAACGUACAGCGAUACACCGCCAAACACGACAGCUAACGCACAACAUAAAUUACAGCAGCAGCGUAAAAUUUCUCUGAUGAUGGCAAUGACAACGGCGUCUGUAAUAGCAUCUGGUGAGACUAGGGUACCAGUUCAAAACUCUAGUAAACCAGAGGAGAGAACUACAGCUACGGAGUCUCUACUAGGCGCCAGUACCAGUACCAAUGCCACUGCAAUAGCUUCAGGAUGGUGGUCAGAGACAACGUUUUGCAGUGGGGAAGUUCUUACUAGUACUCCCAUCACUGCUAUGACGAUGACAUCGACGACAACUAGAAAAUUGCCAAAACUUCUACCAACGCCACAGUACAAAUCAUCAACAUUGUAUACAACCGCCUCCUCAGCCUCAGAUGAAACAUCAGGUUCCUCAUUACAAUCUUCAGCACCCAUCGUAGAGAAAAAUCAUCGUCCAAAGCAGCUCCCAAAGUUGCCAACUUCCCAAUUCCAGGCCAAAAAACAUUCCAAGUUACUUCCCAAUUUGAACGCGUCGACUGCUCCUGCAUCAGUGACAUCAUUACCAUUUAGUUCUUUAGACGACACAGCAGCCUUUCGCUCAUCACCGGAAGCUGAAGCGGAAAGCUUUUCGAUGCUUACAACCACCAACUUACUAAGCCACACAAGCCAAGGCCCGCAAUCUUAUUAUGCUUUUGUUAGUAAGGAAAAGGAAACCAAUGAAGUAGAUUUGACAACGUCCGAAAAUGAUAUAGUGCUGAAAUCUUGGGCAGUAUCACCUCCAGUACCCUUAGAACCCCAUCCUUGUCCGUCAAAGGAGCUGCCUUGCAGUGUUAGUCUGCAGAUGCAGCUGAAGAAUUCGCCAAUAGCCAGCACUCCUGAAAAAGAAUCGACUGAUUCCUACCUGAAUUUAAAAAUGGAGCCAUCAUUGAUAAAACCAGUACCAAGCUCAGAGAUUUUAGCUGCGACCAUAACUGAAUCAUCCUCCCACAUUAGCAAGCCCGAUGCAACCAUUUUUGACAUAUCUGAAUAUCUAAAGCCUUAUACAUUAGAUGCAAUUAGUUAUUCCAGAGAAGAUGAAGAAGAUCAUAUCACCAUUGCUGUCAGCACCACCAAAACAAUAGAUCCCUCAUACGGCCAUGAAAACCUAAAAAAUGAUGAUUUCUUUGAUUCAUUAAACUUAUCUGGGACAUCAUUGAACGCACACAAUCCAUAUUCUGUUGCAAGGAAUAGCUCCGUCAAUUAUCAACCACCUCAGGCUGAGCCUGCAGACCCGACUUCAACGCCACCACUACCGAUUAAUUUCCAUUUGAGUGACUCACCCUCACCCCUCUCCACAUAUUCGCAUUUAUUCAGCAAACCGACCGAGACUACCAAUUUAGAACAUGCAACCGAAGCAAUAUCCCCAACGAAAAAUUUUUCUCACGACUUAUUCACAACUUCGAGUUGGAGUCACUCUGACGAUUUGUUCACAAAAACUGUUUUCGCAUCUAGCUCUACAGUAAAACCAAUUAUCACUAGCCGCGAAGCUUCAGCUUCACCUUCACCAUCAACGUUAACUUCGACAUCAUCAACAGCCCCAAUAUUAUCCUACACCGAUUAUAUGAAGAAAUUUGAGUUACCCGAACUGCCGCAACCCAUUCUAGAGAUUUGUAACAGUAACUCAACUGUCAGUGUCACUGGAACUGAGGCCAACAUUUCCGUGGCUAACGAUGUCAUUGUUCCGACUGAAAAUACAGAAUUUGAAAUUUCAAGAAACGUCACAAUCACAAGCACGCUUCCAUCGCAGUCUUAUUUAACCGAAUUAACAGCGUCUAACUUGGACACAUAUAAAGACUUCAGUUAUCCUGUAGUAUGCCAGGAAUCUAAAACAGAUUUUGUUAUAUCGGAAAGUGUCGUCAAAAUUGACGAUUCGGACAAUUCAAUAACAUUAGCACCGACUGCCACCACAGAAUGUUCAGUAGACACUCAAUUUCGACCCAUCAAUAGCGUCGAACCCGCGGAAACAGUGUUCAUAGCUACUGAGUUCGAUGAUACUUUUUACGACAGCUUCAAUGUCGACGUAACAGUACUGACUGCAUCCAUAUCCCAUAUUGAAAGUGAAACCUGCUCAACUGCCGCGCCAAAGUCAAACAGAGACAAUAGCUUAGAAAUGACCAUCGGAGAAGAAAAGGAGAUUUCUAUAAGCAAAACCAACGAAAAGGUGGAUCACGUGGGCUUAAUUGAACCAAACCUGAAUUCUGGUCAGGGUGGAUACUAUAAGCCUGUCCAAAAGUCACCCACGCCAACGCAACAAAAGGCCAAAGUUGUUGCUUCAGCGGCAACGAGUGUGCUAGGCGGCCUAUCCAAAGGUCUCAAGGGAGGACUGGAUGGCGUUUUUAGUGGUGUCAGUUCAACCGUGGAAGCAACACAGCAGCAGGCUAACAUAACCAGUAAAAAGGGUUUUGGAUUUGGCCUAGCAUCUAAGUUUGUACCGGCUGUGGGUGGGUUACUUUCCAGCUCCAGCCCCAGCUCCAGCAAGCAAACACAACCUGAAACAUGUGUGGCUGCUGCUUUACCAACGCCCACAACAACAGAAAACGUUUUGGAAGUUAGUGCUGGCUGUAUGGGAACUAACUUUGAAGAGAAUCUUUACGAAUAUAAGCUAGAGGAGCCAUACACAGCCGGCAGUACGACACUAACCCCCAUAAACGAGUCUCAUGUAUACAAUAAUGCAAUCGUUUCACUUAGCUCAACAACAUAUACUAAUCCUGGUUAUGGUUAUGUGGAAACCUAUGAUGAGAUCAAUUUAACUGACGAAGUAGUGAGCGUGGUAAUGCUGGACCAUGAUGAAGAGUAUGGCUUCACAGAGCAUCCCUAUUCGUACCCAACAUCAGUCGAAGGUAACAGCGACGUUAGUUACAGCUACAAUGAGUCAUAUAAAGACAUACCCAGUGAUAUGAAGCCCGGAAGAGCUUCCGAAGCAUUUCAUUACUUGGCUUCAAAAUCGAAAAUCACCGAUUCUGGAAUCCCAUCACAUCCCAAUGAGGCUCCGACAAAAACAAGUGCGUCUUCUGGUACAGCUGGCGGUGGUGGAAUGCUUGGAUCCAUUUUCGGAAAAGCUGCGGCUGCUAUGCAAUCAGCAACACAAGCAGUUAACCAAGGCGCCUCUUCGGUAGCAUCAGCUGUAACACAAAAAUCAUUAGUGCCAUCUUCAGCGGCACGUCCCAGUAAUAUGAGUGACGUGUCUGCUAUGUCCUCGCCUAAUGCAAGUAAGCCACCGAAGACUGAAAUUGGAUCCGCAGGAUUUGAUGCAAUCGUGAAUAGCGAUUACAACAAUCAGCUGACUAAUCAGGAGUUACUGUCAAGCCAUUACUCAAAUACUGGCGAAGAUUAUGAGAAUAGUAAUAUCAAAGUGCAUGACUUCAGCCCUGACGAUAACAAGUUAUUUGCUAACUUAUAUUCGAAUGGUAAUCAAAGCCAGCGUGAAGAUAUGGUAAGAGCCGGGCAAUCCCAAAUUGUUGGAAAUGGGGCAAAAAUAUUGCCGACGGUGCCGCCAGCAGGAUCCACCGGCAAAAAACUGCCCACCAUCAAUGGUAAGUCGGGGCUGCUAAUCAAACAAAUGCCUACUGAGAUCUUUGAUGAUGAGUCCGAUAUAGAUGAUAUGGAUAUACCGAUCGGUAAAGAUCCGAGUUAUUGCAUUGAUAGUGAGCAGGGUGAUUACUACAUGGGUCAUCAGCAGACGACACCGUCAAGUCAGCCGAAUGGUUAUUAUGAACACGUCAAUUGUGGUUAUGACUAUCGGGAGGACUAUUUUAAUGAGGAGGAUGAAUAUAAGUAUCUUGAACAGCAGAGACAGCAAGAGCAACAACAGCAACCAAGCAACAGCAGCAAAAGACAGCAGCACCAAACCAAAAUGAUGCUAUCAAACAAUCAAUCAUCAUUAGAUUUCAUUGACGAAGGACAGGACGAUGACUUUCUUUACGAACACUACCAAAGUGAAGAAGACAGUGGCAAUUAUCUAGAUGAAAGCUCUAGUGGGAGCGUUGGUAUCGUCGAAGGGAGCAAGGCUAAUAAAAUCGACCUUACUGGCGUCGGAGCCCGACAAGACACCACCGAAGAGGCUAUUAAUCAGACACAAAAAACAGACAAAUUUAGACAGGAGUAUAUUUCGUUGCAACUGACGCCAACACAUCGUCCGGUUCAAAAGCAGGACAGCAUUCUUCAAGAAUCAGAAUCAAAUUUAAUUGGAUGUGAAGAACAGGUGUCACCUGACCUAGUCACUGGAGAUGAAGAUAUAAAUGAUCAAUUGUCUGAUCUCGCUGACUUAAAAAGACUGAAGUCCCUAAAGAGAAAGCCACUCAUGCGGGGUGAAACUGAGGAAGUAGUUGGUGGUCAUAUGCAAGUGAUACGACAGGCCGAAAUAACAGCUCGGCAACGUUGGCAUUGGGCUUACAACAAAAUUAUCAUGCAGCUUAAUAAUUAUUUAACCACCUCCGGUUUUGCUCGCUGAUAUUUUAUCUGAAACUGAUUAUUGACUGAUCAAUGUCAAAUGUGAAUAUAAGUUUACAUGUUAUUCAUUAUUUUGUUUACACUUGAAGAGGGUAGCAGAGGAUAGCACCUUCGACCUCAUAAGUAAGAUACAUACAUACAUAUACGUAUUCUUGACCAGGAUUACAAGCCAAGUCGACGCAGUGAUAUCCGUCUGUUUAUAUGAAACUUGUCUAUUAAAGGAAAUCCAUUAUCAGAAUCGGAAAUCGGACCACUAUAUUAUAUAGUUGCUGUAGAAAUGAUUGCGAAAAAACAUCUCGUUGCAGGAAAUCUGUUUGUUUAUAAAGAUACAGUCGAAAUAUAGAUGGCCCGGUGUGAUUAGCAGGAAGAUUAUGCGAGCUUUAUGGGUACACCAUAAACGGUAUAAAACAACACCUUGACAACUCCCCCCACAGAGAAAGGUAUCUGAGUAGAUGGUAUUAUUUAGUCGAAAUGUCGACCACCUUUUUACUUGUAAUAGUCGAAAUAUGUGAGCGCUUGGUUACCCGCUUCUUCGUAAUUUAUUCGUAAUUUAGGGUAAUGUAACCUGUUUAUAAUCUAACACACACAUCGGUGAGUUGAUGUUGCACCGUUUGUAUGUCAUGUUACCCCAAAAGCAGCCCAUGCGAGCAUGAGCCCAUUACAAAUAACACUGAUACCGCAAUUGAGUAGGAACAAUUUAGUAGUGGCGGCUUUCACAGUUCUGCGCUGCACUUUCAACACGCUGAACGAAUUUCAAUCAAGAUGAUAUGUACUCGAAAGAAGAAAAGUGUAGAAAAUUUGGUUUAUUCAAACUAC